AUGACAACUGAAAGACUGUUUGAUGAUAUAAGCAUCAAGCCUGAACUUAUCGUAUUCGACUUGGAUUGUACAUUGUGGCCGUUUGACUGUGACAUUUACGAUAGUCAAGUUUUUCAUAAAAAUGGUGAUAUGAUUUAUGAUGAAAAUAAUUACCCACUAAAUGUACUUCAAGAUUCAAAUAAUAUAUUGAAAUCUAUCAAGCGAGAAAAAGAUGUACUAUUGGCAUGUGCUUCAAGGACCCCUUCGGUGGAAACAGCUCGUCAGUUAGUCCACCUAAAUGGUUGGGAUAAAUUAUUCGAUCAUAUGGAAAUAUAUCCAAACAGUAAAAUUGUUCACUUCCAGACACUUCAACGAAAGACUAAAAUUCCAUACAAUAAAAUGAUAUUUUUCGAUGAUCUACACUGGAAUAUCAAAGAAGUAAAAAGUCUAGGUGUUCACAGCCAUCACGUACCUAAUGGUGUGCAUACGGGAGCUUUUCGUAAAGCAUUGAAAGAAUAUGAACAAUUUUGGUCUUGUAAAUAA